AGGAGCCGGGAGCGAGCCGGUGCCGGGCCGGGGAGCCGAGAGGCCCGCGGAACCGCGCGGGGGACGCCCGGGCGCAGCUGAGCUGGGGGCCGCGGCCGCCCGGCCGACGGGCCCAGCCCGGCCUGGCGCCGAGGGGGACGUGCGCUGUGGAGACGUGGAGGAGCGAGGCGCCGCGGCCUGAGUGAGACCCAAUGAAAAGAGCAUGACAUUUGGAGGCAGAAGACUUAGUCUCAAGUCUCUGCUCCUUCGCUUACUAAUUUUGUGAUUUGGAAAUAUCUAUGCAAGAUGUUGACAUUGCAAACUUGGAUAGUGCAAGCCUUGUUAGUUUUCCUCACCACUGACUCUAUAGGUGGACUUCUAGAUCCAUGUGGUUAUAUCAACCCUGAAUCUCCAGUUGUACAACUUGGUUCUAAUUUCACUGCAGUUUGUGUGCUAAAGGAAAAAUGUAUGGAUUAUUUCCAUGUAAAUGCUAAUUACAUUUUCUGGAAAACAAACCAUGUUACUGUUCCCAAAGAACAAUAUACUGUCAUAAACAGAACAGCAUCUAGUGUCACAUUUACAAAUAUACCUUUAUUAAAUAGUCAACUCACUUGCAACAUUCGUACAUUUGGACAGAUUGAUCAGAAUGUUUAUGGAAUCAGAAUAAUUUCAGGCUUGCCUCCAGAAAAACCUAAAAAUUUGAAUUGCAUUGUGAACGAAGGAAAGAAAAUGAUGUGUCAGUGGGCUCCUGGAAGGGAAACAUACCUGGAAACCAACUUCACUUUAAAAUCUGAAUGGGCAACAGAGAAGUUUGAUGAUUGUGAAGCAAAACGUGAUACCCCCACCUCAUGCACUGUGGAUUAUUCUCCUGUGUAUUUUGUCAACAUUGAAGUCUGGGUAGAAGCAGAGAAUGCCCUUGGGAAGGUUACAUCAGAUCAUAUCAAUUUUGAUCCUAUAGAUAAAGUGAAGCCCAAUGCACCACAUAAUUUGUCAGUCAACAACUCAGAGGAACUAUCUAGUAUCUUAAAAUUGACAUGGAUCAACUCAAAUAUUAAGAAUUUUAUAACACUGAAAUAUAACAUUCAAUAUAGGACCAAAGAUGCCUCAACUUGGAGCCAGAUUCCUCCUGAAGAUACAGCAUCCACUCGAUCUUCAUUCACUGUCCAGGACCUUAAACCUUUUACAGAAUAUGUGUUUAGGAUUCGUUGUAUGAAGGCAGAUGGUAAAGGAUUCUGGAGUGACUGGAGUGAAGAAGCAAGUGGGAUCACAUAUGAAGAUAGACCAUCCAAGGCACCAAGUUUCUGGUAUAAGAUCGAGCCAUCCCGUACUCAUGGCCAUAGAUCUGUGCAACUCAUAUGGAAGACAUUGCCUCCUUUUGAAGCCAAUGGAAAAAUCUUGGAUUAUGAAGUGACUGUCACAAGAUGGAAAUCACGUUUACAAAAUUACACAGUUAAUGGCACAGAACUGACAGUAAACCUCACAAAUGAUCGCUAUAUAGCAACUCUAACAGCAAGAAAUCUGGUUGGCAAAUCAGAUGCAUCUGUUCUAACUAUCCCUGCCUGUGACUUUCAAGCUACUCACCCUGUAAUGGAUCUUAAAGCCUUUCCCAAAGAUAAUGUGCUUUGGGUAGAAUGGACUGCUACAAAUGGAUCUGUAAACAAAUAUAUACUUGAGUGGUGUGUGUUAUCGGAUACAUUGCCCUGUAUCCCAGACUGGCAACAAGAAGACGGUACCGUACAUCGCACCUAUUUAAGAGGGAACCUAGCAGAGAGCAAAUGUUAUUUGAUAACAGUUACUCCAGUAUAUGCUGACGGACCAGGAAGCCCUGAGUCUAUAAAGGCAUACCUUAAACAAGCUCCACCUUCCAAAGGACCUACUGUUCGGACAAAAAAAGUGGGGAAAAAUGAAGCUGUCUUAGAGUGGGACCAACUUCCUGUGGAUGUUCAGAAUGGAUUUAUCAGAAAUUAUACUAUAUUUUAUAGAACUAUCAUUGGAAAUGAAACUGCUGUGAAUGUGGAUUCUUCCCACACAGAAUAUACACUGUCCUCUUUGACUAGUGACACUUUAUACAUGGUACGAAUGGCAGCGUACACAGACGAAGGUGGAAAGGAUGGUCCAGAAUUCACUUUUACCACACCGAAGUUUGCUCAAGGAGAAAUUGAAGCCAUAGUUGUACCUGUUUGCUUAGCAUUCCUAUUGACAACCCUUUUGGGAGUAUUGUUCUGCUUUAAUAAGCGAGACCUAAUUAAAAAACACAUCUGGCCUAAUGUUCCAGAUCCUUCAAAGAGUCAUAUUGCCCAGUGGUCACCUCACACACCUCCAAGGCAUAAUUUUAAUUCAAAAGAUCAGAUGUAUUCAGAUGGCAAUUUCACUGAUGUAAGUGUUGUGGAAAUAGAAGCAAAUGACAAAAAGACCUUUCCAGAAGAUAUGAAAUCAUUAGAUCUAUUCAAGAGGGAAAAAAUCAGUACUGAAGGACACAGCAGUGGUAUUGGAGGGUCUUCGUGCAUGUCGUCUUCUAGGCCAAGCAUUUCUAGCAGUGAUGAAAAUGAAUCUGCACAAAACACUUCGAGCACUGUCCAGUAUUCCACUGUGGUGCAUAGUGGCUACAGACACCAGGUUCCUUCAGUCCAGGUCUUCUCAAGAUCCGAGUCCACCCAGCCUUUGUUAGAUUCCGAAGAAAGACCAGAAGAUCUACAGCUAGUAGAUAACGUAGAGGGCAGUGACGGCAUUUUGCCUAGGCAACAGUAUUUCAAACAAAACUGCGGUCAACGUGAAACCAGUCCAGUUAUUUCACAUUUUGAAAGGUCAAAGCAAGGUUCAUCAAUCAAUCAAGAAGAUUUUGUUAGACUUAAACAGCAGCAGAUUUCAGAUCAUAUUUCACAGUCCAGUGGAUCUGGGCAAAUGAAAAUGUUUCAGGAAGUUUCUACAGCAGCUUCUUUUGGUCCAGGUACUGAGGAGCAAGUAGAGAGAUUUGAAACAGUUGGGAUGGAGGCUGCGAUUGAUGAAGGAAUGCCUAAAAGUUACUUACCACAGACUGUAAGACAAGGUGGCUAUAUGCCUCAGUGAAAGACUUGUUCUCUUACACAGCAGUACCUGUUAAAGUAAAGCUAAAAAUAUUUUAUCUGGAAUUUCAGAUAAAAAUAAUCUUCGCUCACUGAAGAUGUUCAUUUGCCCUUAAGGACAAAAAUGUACUGUCCUCCCACAUGGGCUAUUUCCUUUCCAGAAUAUCUGGGAUUCCACUUUAAGCACUACAUAAACUGACUUCAUCCUCUGAAUAGCUGAAUGACUUUGUGCUGUUUCAGGAUGUUUGCACUGAAGAAAAAUAGAAAGCUUGUCUGAAAUUUAUAAAGUAAAACUUUUUGCUUUGCUACCUAGAAAGCAGAGAGUAUUUAAAUAGUAAGCAGUGAGCACAGCUAUACUGAUUUUAGUGAUCAAAAUAGUCAUCAAAGUGGCUUCAGGAGAGUUAAUGUAAAAAAUUAGGGGAGCAAAGUCUAGACCCUCUACUUCAGCUGCCAACAUAAUUUAAAAAGAGGUUCAGAUGGCAUUACUAUAUAAGCCCAGCUUUUGUUGUCUGACAAAAAAAACACAAAAAAUUGGGCUCCAUUAAAAUCAUACCAACAUAUAAAAUAUUAGUUCUCUUCCAUUGGUAAUGAUGCUGCCAGUUACUGGAGAAAAGGACUUCUGGAGUUUAACUUGGCAAAUUAAAAGUAUUAAUUUUUGAAUAUUAUAUAAUCUUAAAUUUUUAACAAUAAUCAACAAAUUUUCAAAAAUUUUCUAUCAUUAUUGACAAUUACUGACAACCUCUUUGAAGAUCCAUUUCACAAACUCAUUUGAGUGCCCAGAUAAGAGCUAGGAAUGAAUACCACAAGCUAUCUUAAGCAUUUAAAAUUCUUUGCCAUUUAUAAGAGCUUAAAUUGUUAACGUUUUUGUUAACGUUUUUCUAUAUGUGUAUAUAAACAUAUUGACCCUUCUUGUUAAGACUUCCGAGAAUUUGGUUGAUGAAGCACUUUAUACAAUAUGUCUUGGGCUUAAAAUUGUGUUUUAAUUUAAUAUGCUUUAUUUUUAUUUCUGAAUAGGCCAAGAUCAAAAAUGUUCUUUUUUCUACUAGGUGUUUGAAGCAAACUAAGAGGACUUGGGCAGUACUCAGAAAAACAAAACCCAACUCAAAAAAUGUACAUAUUGAUCUUAGUAAAUAUCACAGCAAAUAUCCUUAUUGUAGAGGCACUUAAUGAAUAGUGUUUUAAUACCUGCCAGUUCUGAGGUAGGUGGAACUUAGUUUUACAUUGUGAUUUAGUUAUAUUUUAAACCUCUUUCCACAUGUUCUGUUCUUCAGUGCAGAAGUGAGCCAGGCCUCCAGAGUUUAGUGCUAAACCCACUUUUGCGUUUAUGCCAUUUCCAUUUGACAAGGAGGCAGGGGGCUAAAGAUAGGAGCUGAGUAAGUGAGAAGUUGUUGUCAUAAAUCAUUAGUGGUUGACUACUGCUAUUAAGUAAGUUUGGAGAAAAUAGGUUUUGUUUUUCUGUGAUAUUUAAGUUACAGAAACCAGGCCAACGUUUGUAGAGGUUAUUGAAGAAUAAAAGGCUAAGAAAAAUUGGUAUACAUUUACAGUUGAAAUAUGAUUCUACUCAUUACUCUCAAAAUAUUGUUCACAUGAGACUUCCUAUUAUACUUUCUCCUUUGUAUUCUUGCCUAAUACUUUUCAUGAGUUCUUUCACAUAUAUGGUCUUUGUGAGACAGAGCAGAUGCUUUAUUCUGAUACAUCCAGUUCUACUUUAGGCAAAACCAACAUGAGAUUUGUAGAACGACAGAAUUAGAAGUAGAUGAGGAAAAUUAGGCACAGAGAGGUCAAGUAGGGACAGAGAGACCCCAGACUCACACUACAGGAUAAUGGCAUCACCACCGUUUAAGUUGGUCGUCAAAAGCUGGUCCAAAUCAGGACUAGAUAUGUGUCAUGAAAUUUAUAUUGAUUACAUUUUUUUAUUCCCUCAAAAUAAGUAGUCAUGUUAUUGUAAUCAUGUUUAGCUCUCACCUUCCUCUUACAAAUAGCAGUGUUGUGAAGAAUAUUCUAGUGUGAAGUUUGUACAUGGUUGGGGGGCACUUUUAAAAUGUGAACUCAUGAUCUAAGGGAAUGAGAAUGAAGAGUCAUUUAAGAAAGGACAUCGUAUAACAAAUUUGUCUGUUGAAACUUGUGUAGAACAUGGUGCAGUGAGUGAAUGCCUACCAGCCACAAGAGCACUUGGGACAUUAAAUUGUUACUGUGCAAAAAUGCAUUCAAGAAAUAAAUAUGUAUUUGGUCACUAAUAUGUAAUAUACAUCUUUGCCCAGAAAGAGAAAAGCAACAUGAAACUUACUUUCCUAAGGCAUGUCUUAGAAUAAUCUAUGUUUUGAUGCAUGUAAAUUAUAUUUUAGGUAGGCAGAGAAACAAAUCUGGUUUAUUUAUGUGAAAAUUAGUCUAUAUAUGUUAGUGGAUUUAUUACUCAUUAAAUCUUUAGAUCCAAAAAUUUAAAGUAAUGCACAUCAGAAAACAGUCUCUUGGUGGACAAAACUAAUUCACUCCUUCUGAUGCAGUUGUCCUCUUGUAGGAUUAAAAAUAAUAAUAAUCAAGCAUAUGUUACAUGUACUGCUACUGUAAUUUGACUAUUAGUUGCUGGUGUCUUUCUUUGGUAUCCUAUCCCCAUCCCUCAUAAAGGCAUGAUGCUGAAUAACUAUUGGAGAACUAUCCAACUUCAAACCCAUUAAAAUCUAAAAAUUUAAUCCCUUUUUAACAUGGAUCAGUCAGCACUCACAAACAUAGCCAACAUGUGAGUAGAAGCAGUAGGAAAAGCAAAAUCAUUCACGUUUUGUGUUCACAUCUAUUCUCUACCUAGUUGUGCGUAUAAUUUCAACAUUAUUCCUUUUACUCAUGUCAGCCAAUGACCCUAGCUUAUUGUGAAGUUAAAGGUUAAUGAAGUUGAAAUAUACUUUUAAAACAUUUAUGAAAGCUCAUAAAGUGGAACAUCUAAAAUAGCUUUAUAAAUAGAAAUCAAAUUUUAAAAGAUGUCUGUUUUCUACCCACACAGUUAACUAGUUAAAAUCAUGCCAUAAAUGUAGAAGUAGAAUAAUUAUAUAGACUUCCAUGAAAUGUUUCUGUUACCUGGCACAUAUUGACCAAGUAUAAAUAAAGUAGGUGAGCUCUUCCUCCAUUCUGUUAUAUUUCACAUCGUUCUCCUCUGUUUGGUUUUAAGAACAAAUUUCUAAACCAUACACUUCUGUUUCACUAGUUUUAUUUUGUUGAAAUGGGUAAAAUGUCAAAAUAAUAAGCUAUAGACAACUUAAAAUUUCAUUGUUAAAAAUUAUUGGGAUAGGUUUCUGUUGUAGGUCAUGUUAGAGUCUAUUGCCCAGGUUAACAUUACUUUGAAAAAUUUUUUUUGCACUUUUCUGUAAAUUAAGAGAAUAUGAAACCAUAAAAUAGCAAGGUAUUUAGGUUUAGCCUAAAAUUGUGUAUUGUCAUUGAUUUCAAAGAAAGCAAAACUAGCAAACUUAGAGCCUAAUUCUUCUUUGGACAGGUCCUUGACAGCAGUUCCUUUUCAGUCUACUCAUAAACAGGGUUCAGAUGUAAGACAAAACAAAACUUUCCAAAGCCGAAUGUAAUAUCUUUUGGAUUAAUCUAUUUUUUAAUCAUAUAUGCUACUAGUAUGUGUGUUAGCAUGAUAUUCUAGCAUACGCUGCAUUAAAAAUAGAAGAUAGCUCUGGGUGAGCUCUUCUGUUAUCCACUUUUUCCUACAUUUUUAAGGGUUUUUUGUAGUCAGCAGUUCCUUCAAAUGGGUUAGUUUAACUUCGUUACCCAGUUGUUCUUUAAAGUUGAUAGAUGGUGAUGAAAAUGCAUUUAAGGCCAAUGGGGAUAGAUGGUCCAGGUCUUUUGUCCCUUAAACACAAACUUUGUCUGAAUGAUAACUACAUGUUCCAGAUGCUGUUACAUGAAUACCAACAUGAGAUCAUCAGAAAUAAAAGGAUAUUUUAAAGGUGGAUAUUUGAAAAUUCUUUAGUCUUAAUGUAUAUGUAUAUUGAAUAAUAUACUCUAAAAAUAAGUGCAAUUUGCUAGUACUACAGUACAGUGAUUAGCAUUAGGUGUGUCUCCUCUUUAUAUACUAGCUGUGUCCCAUUUACUUCUAAGUGCAAUCCCUUCAGGUUCACUUGCUGUUUUACCCCCAUCUAAUCUAACUUCACAUAGAAGACUUGUCUAGAGAGAGUGAUGUAUGUAUUUUUACCUUUGCAGUAAAUUGCAUGUGCUAAUCGUAACCACAGCUAAUGGUUUUUAUGUUGACAUAACUCUAAAUGUUACUGUAAAUGUUCUCCUAUAUAUUAGCUCUAAUCCUUUAAGUAAAUUUAAAUAAAUUCUUAUUCAGAUUU